AUGACUUCCCAGAUCCGUAAUGGAUGGCUCUCCAGAUUAACGAACCCUGAUCCAUCUACUAUAUUAGUCACGGCUCUGCUCGUCAUUUCCAUACCGCUGCUCCUUCACUAUGUGAUCUACCGAUCACCAAGCUCUAACUUUCUCUCGACUAUUCUACUAAUUGGACCAAACAUACAACAGUGGGAAAGGGGUCAGAAUGCAGCGACUCGAACGUCACAAGCGCCCUUGACGGUGGAGUGCUCUCUACCCGUCACAACGCGGGCUGCGUCGACAGGAUAUCGAUCUGCCAACGACCCCUCUAAUGAAGCCCACCAAAAGUUCAUGUUAGCGGACACACCAGGUCAUGGAAAGCUACGCCACUAUGCUAUCAGCAACAUCACGAACCCGCAAAACCUCAAAAGCAUCAUAUUCAUGGUUGACGCCGCUGAAUUAGCUGAUCAGACCGAGACCGCCGAAAACGAGGCCCUACGCCAGUCGGCCGAAUACCUAUAUGAUGUAUUGCUUAUCCUACAGAAACGAGCCCUUACGAUUAAGUCUGCCAGAGGACCGACAGAGCUUCCGCUUCUCAUUGCCGCGAACAAAAUGGACUUAUUUACAGCUCUACCUGCACCACUGGUCAAGAAAUAUCUAGAAAGUGAGAUCACGAAAGUGCGAGAUUCAAGAAGCAGAGGCUUGCUUGAUUCAGGCGUAGGGAUGAACGAGCCCGACGAUGAAAAGGAGUGGUUAGGAGACGCAGGGAGCGGAAGAUUUGACUUCUGCCAAAUGGAAGAAUUCAACGUUGCCAUAACGGUUGCUGGUGGUAAUGCGAUUGGCGCUGAUGGUCCGGAUGUGAAACAGUGGUGGAGCUGGAUUGGCAGCAAUCUAUGA